AUGGCCAUUUUCUCAACUGAGAAUCCAUGGGUAUUUGCAUUUGGCCUUCUAGGUAACAUUGCCUCCUUCGUGGUUUUUCUAGCUCCAGUGCCAACCUUUUUAAGGGUUUUCAAGAAGAAAUCGACAGACGGGUUUCAAUCACUUCCAUAUGUAGUUGCAAUAUUCAGUGCGAUGCUUUGGAUGUACUACGCAUCACUCAAGUCGGAUGAAAUCCUUCUCAUUACUAUAAACUCAUUCGGCUGUGUUGUGGAGACAAUAUACGUUGCAUUAUAUAUUAUAUAUGCACCAAAGCAAGCUAGGAUGUUGACGUUGAGGCUGGUUCUUCUGUUGAAUGUCGGGGGGUUUUGCGUGUUAUUGCUUCUCUCCCAGUUCUUAGCUAAGGGACCAAACCGUGUCCGAGUUCUUGGAUGGGUUUGUGUAGCCUUUUCUAUCAGUGUCUUCGCAGCACCUUUAAGCAUUAUGAGAGUGGUGAUACGCACGAAGAGCGUGGAGUUCAUGCCCUUUACUUUGUCACUUUUCCUCACACUCAGUGCUGUUAUGUGGCUCUUAUAUGGCAUAGCAUUGAAGGAUUUAUAUGUUGCGCUUCCAAACAUUCUGGGUUUCAUCUUGGGGGUUCUUCAGAUGGUACUUUACGUAAUCUACAAGAAUCAUAAGGGAAUUGAAGAAGGACAAAAGCUACCAGCUGCUGAAAAGGAAGCUGACACUGUAAAAUCGAGCACAACUACUAUGACCAGCAGCUCCGAGGUACAUGCCAUUGCCCUAUGCAGCUCCCAGCUGCCCAACUCUGAUGCAAACGAGACGCAUAACAAUCAAAAUGCGGAUGAACAAACAAAAAACAAUGCAAUAGGCCUCAUGGAAGGCUCCAGCCAUGGCCACUUCUCUGCUGAUAUUGUAUGA